UGCUCCUGCACAAAAGUCGGAUGAAAUGAGCUCUCAACCUCACAAAAAUAGCAAUCAAUCACCAAGAACGACUGUAUAAAUACACCCCUCCUCACCUUUCCAUAAUCACCAAAUCGAAUCCUCUUUUGUGUACUUUCUCAUUCCAAUUAAGAAUUCAAGUAAGAGAAGAGAGAAAAAAGCACAAGAGAGGUCAAUUACAGCAAUGGCAAAGCUCACACAAGUUGCAAUCAUCUUAGCUGCAGCACUCUGCUUCCUCGACGUUGCCGCCUCCCUCGCCCCUAAAUUCGUCGUCGAUGGAAAGGUCUACUGUGAAGUCUGUCGUGCCAAUUUCACCAACAGAUACAGCAAGCCUAUGGCAGGAGCAAAAGUGAAGUUGGAAUGCAAAAACGAGGUGACCGAGAAAGUGACAUACACCUUGGAGGGUGAGACCAACGACAAAGGAGUGUACACGUUGACGGCAGAAGGUGAUCAUGGAAGCGAGGACUUGUGUGCAGUGACAUUGGUGAAGAGCAGCAUGGCAGACUGCGCUGAGAUUCCAGAUGAGAAGCCUGCAGCUGAAGUCACCCUCACCCUGAACAAUGGCUUCCAUGAUGAGUUCCGCCACGCCAACCCUCUCGCCUUCACCAGGAAGGAAGCCCUGCCCGAGUGCGCUGAGCUCUUCAAGGAGCUUGAAGAGGCUAAAAAAGACGAAUAGAUCUUGUUUUGAUGCAAUUAUGUACGAGCUAAUAAUUCUUUUACAUUGUCAAUUGCAUGUAUAAUUAGACAUAAUCUAUUAUACGUGAAAAGUGUACGUUGUUUCACAUUUGCCCACAAACAUGUGGACCAUCUUGAUUACUUCCUUGCCCUCCAACGUAAAGAAAAGUGGAAGAGACAGUGAAGUUCUUACACCAAAUCACACUUGACUGAAUCAAAUCAAUUAUAAAGUAAGCUUGUACGAUAUACUUGUCAUGUGAUUGACAAGUAUAAUUAGUUUAGAUCCAGUCAGAUUUGGUCUAAUAUUUCCUUUUGC